GAGUUGUCCCCGCUUCCGAUGACAUGGUACCCACAGCAACAUCCCUGCGGGCUCCGUCGCGGUGCGGCCGCCGCGGGCAGCGGCGAUGCCGCCGGGCUGCCAUGGACUGAACAGCAUCCCCGCACCCCAAAACCGCUUUUUUGGGGCUAAAACAUGGACAACGCCUUCGUGGAAGAAGUGGCCGCAUCACUGGUGAGAGAGUUUCUCAGUAGAAAGGGUUUGAAGAAAACCAUCACCACCAUGGACCGGGAGCUUCCCCGCUCUGCACUCAGCAUCAAUAACAGGAAUGAGCUCCGGAAUGUCCUGCACCUGCACUCCUUGUACAAACAGAACAAGGCAAAGGAGAACCCACUGAAAACACUGCUUGAAAUUAUUACUAAUUACUUCCUGGAGCACCGUGGGACUUCCAGGAGCACGGGUUCCAGCUCUGCUCUGUCAGCUCCUCAGAGUAAGAGCUCAGCAUCCCACCCAUCCGACCUCCCGGAUGAGGACCAUGGCAAUGCCAAUGCACUGGAUGAAAGCAAAACUCAGGCCUCCAGGUAUGAUGUUGAGAAUCCACUGGAUAAAAUCCCUCCACCCAGAAAACAUCAGCACAGGAGUGAAAAAUGCCACCCCGGGACAACCCACAGCAGUAACUUACCCUGUGCUUGGGACAAGAAGUUAAAAGACAGUCAAGAGAAUUUAAAGGCAGCUCUGGUUUCUGAGGAGCUGAAAUCCACAGGGAAGGAGAAGCCAAGGCCCAGGGCUGGUCUCACUGCCAAGGGAAUGAUGGCUGGACCAGUAGCAAGUCCACCAGAGGAUCUCCAAAAAAGGAGGCUUUCCAAACGAUCCACGAGCAUCAGCAGCACAGCACAGCUCAGGGGUGAAGGACAUCUUGAAGAACAAGACCUGAGUGUCCCAAGCACUGAUUUUCAGGAAAGCAAAGCAUCUCCAACAAAAUCAAAUGCGGAAUUUACAUCAAAAACUCUGCCAAGCUCACACACCAGUUCUGCCUCUGAAAAACCAAGGAACAGCCCCAAAGAUCCAGAUGACUUUUUUUCCAAGCUGCUGUCUGAGAGAGAGAGGGCCAAGACUGAGGAAAGAAAAUCACUUCCAAGCUCUGGUGCAGACAGCAGUGAAAAAAGCCUUAAAGUGAGUGCCCCUCACAGACAUUCGGGGGCUGGGAGAGAAAAGAAGGAGAGAUCCCUCAAGAAAACUGAGAGUCGGUUGUCAGGUCACAGGAAGUCUCCAACAUCCACUGGCUAUAAAGAAGACCAGAUGAAAGAAGUCCUAGAAUUGGUCGAUGUUGAGGAUGAAGAGACAACUGGAGAAGUUAAUAAGACCCCAGAUCUUUCAACAAUUUAUAUGCUUCAAAUCAUGUCAAAGGCAAUUGAUAUUUCUCUUGCAAAAGUAAGACUGAUUAUGGAAUUAAAAAAUCUGCUGUUUGGUUCUAGUCUUUGUUGCUUCAGUGAAGAGUGGAAAAUCCAGAGUUUUACAUUUAACAAUAUCCCACAGCUAAAAUACGGCAUUGUGCAGAAAAAGGGUGGCCCAUGUGGAGUUCUGGCUGCAGUCCAAGCCUGUGUCCUGCAGCAGCUGAUCUUUGCAGACAGCAACAGGAACAGAGACCCCCGUUGCCUCCAGCCCUCAGAAGCUCACAGGACCAAGUGCCUCUCCUUGGCUCUCGCUGACAUUCUGUGGCGUGCGGGGGGCCACGAGAAAGCCCUCGUGGCACUGCCAUCAGGAAGACAGCAGUUCACUCCCACAGGAAAAUACAAGGCAGAUGGAAUCCUAGAAACUCUAAUACUUCACAGUGCCACAAGAUACGAGGAUCUGGUCCUAUUUCUACAGCAGAAUAUCCACCAGUUUGAAAUUGGUCCCUAUGGGUGCAUCCUCCUGACUGUGUCUGUCAUCUUAUCAAGAUCCAUCAACCUGGUGCGCAAUGACUUCGAUGUGCUCACAAACCGCCUGAUUGGCAGCCAUGGCUACUGCACUCAGGAAUUGGUGAACUUGCUUUUGACUGGCAAAGCUGUGUCCAAUGUUUUCAACAACGUGAUAGAGCUGGACUCUGGGAAUGGCAACAUCACCAUUCUGAAAGGCAUCACGAGUCGCAGUGAUAUCGGUUUGCUGUCCCUCUUUGAGCACUAUGAUGUCUGUCAGGUUGGUUGUUACUUGAAGACCCCCAAGUUCCCAAUUUGGCUGGUUUGCAGUGAAAGCCACUUCAGUGUGCUGUUUUGUUUGGAAAAGGAUUUGCUCAGUGACUGGAAAACGGGACGGAGGUUUGAUCUCUAUUACUACGAUGGCUUGGCCAACCAGGAUGAAGAGAUACGGUUGACAGUGGAUACAACUCAGGUGUGCCCUGAAAAUAAAGAAAAUGAUCUUACUCCUCCACUUGAGCACUGUAUUAGGACAAAGUGGCAAGGAGCUGUCAUCGACUGGAACGUCACGGAACCCAUCUUGUGACUGAUGUGAGCUGCGCUUUAUUUGAGAAGACCAAGAGGAAACGACUGAAUUAGCACAUUCCUAUUCCCACCAAUGCAGGAAAUGGGGCAGUUUGAGAUGAGGAAGAAUGACAAGGUUACAGGCUGGCAGAGUUUCACCUCAGUCACCUCGUGCUUCAGAUACUUUGCUUACAAUAUAAACAACACUGACGUAAAUUCCUCGUCACUGCCUUUAGCAUAAAGCUCCUGAGGGCAGGCUGGGUUCCCACCACCAAAUCAAGGUUACAGAUGAAGCAGAGAAGUCGUCAACGUCCCCUUGAGGUCUCCUUCUGGAUCCACUCUGUAUCCUGCAAUUGUUUGGAAGCAUCUGAUGGGAGAUGCUGAACCCAGAUUUCUCUCACUUUUACAGCCUUCUCUGUCCUGCCUUGUUCUCCCCUGACAGAACUCCAGUGCCACUACAAAACAUCAUCCAAGGAACAGAUGUUCACCUCUUUACCUGGUGUUAGCAAGCCUCAUUUUGCACUAAAUAGGUUGGUGACCACCUGGGCUUUUCAGGGGAAGCCUGGCCUAGACCAAGUCCUCAUUGUGUCAUAAAAUUGCAGUAAGGAUUGUGGUUCUGUGUUCCCAAAAUAAUGCCAUUAGUACGUUCCUAGUACUGGGUGCAGUUGGUGUGUAACAGUGCCUCGUGCUGAUAUAGCUCAUUUUUCUUUCUGGUAAGAGGCAGCUGUAUCGGUAUCUUUACAUUUAUACCUUUAUUUCUACACAAGGGUUUAUUUACACCCAAGUGGCAGGUUAGAUCUGUGGUUUGCUUCUUCAUAACUACAAGAAAACAGAAGAGUUGUGUCGUUUUGAAAUUCAACUGGUGCCUAUCUGUGAUAGGUGCCAGUUUCCAUGGUAAAAUAAAGUGUGUGUGCUGGAAUGAGGUGGAGAUGGAUCCUGAAGUACUGAAGCCACAAUUUGUAUUCUGAUUAAUUCUGUUUUAGCAACACUCUACCAAAAUUGGAGCAAGUUACUGUACUGAAGGAUGGAAAAAAUGCCUUGGGAAAAAAAGGCAGAUAAAUGGUGUUUCUAGAGUUAUUCCUCUCUCCUGAGACUGAAUAUUUCGUGAGAGUUCAAUAAAGGACUUUUAGUUUCUGA